AUAGGCCAAUCACAUUCAAUUUUUUUUUCUUUUCAAUACUUUCCCAAUUGACUCGAUUUCCUCCCAACUGUGUGUUUACAAUGCCCGAGACAACUGCCCCGCAGUCCAACGAGGUGGGACUCAAGGAACGCUUCUUCAGCUACUUCCAACAUGAAGUGACAGGUAUAUCAUCACCGUUUGUUCCUGUCAUACCUUGUGCUACCCUCUUUUCUUUCCCUUCAAUGCACGGCAAUGUUUGAAAUUUGAAAAGUCGGCCAUGCUAAGAGUGAACGUAUUUUGCGUGGCACGCAGAUCUUCAGCGACAAAUGGACCAAAUCGCUAAUACGUCCACCAUUGGCGGCGAGCGAAUCGAUGCCGUCGAUCAUUGCUUAGCUGGCAUUGCACGGUUAUCUGGCGAAGUCAAAGACGCGUCCAACUACCUUCCACCAUAUGAUCAGCGGGCAUAUUCAGAGGCAAUCAAAGCGCUAUCAGAGAAACUGCAAGAGACAAGAUCGAGAGUCGCGCCGAAAGCGAAAUUCUCCUUCAAGACAAGCAAGAAGAAUGGCUCUGCCAUUUCGCUUCGGGAUGCCGCUGCCCUAGCUGGCCCCCAGGGCCUCCCGGGCUAUCGCAGCCUGUCAUCGACCGAGUCAUCGGCUAUGUCGACGCCGGGGGAGAGCACAACGACAUCGACAACGCCCAAUGCGGAAAAGGAAAAUGGCGACGACAUUGACAAGGCGAUUGCAGCGGACAAGGACGUGCCGUUUAUGGGCGAAGGCGACGACGUGCCGGCGGUUGAUGGCGACGUGCGCGCCGCCGCCGCAGCGGCCUCAAUUCGCAAGCCAUCAUUCUCGCAGUCCAAGAGUGUCAAUAUCAGCGCGCACGCGUCCACGCACAUUAUUGUCCCCUCGACGGCCUCCCAUGCCACAUCCUCGGGCACACUGUCAUCUCUGCGCCGGUGCAUUGUCGACAUGUCGAUACCGACUGCCACUGGCACGCCCUUUGCCAGUCUGGCAAUCAAGAACGUUCGCGACUCGCUGCUGGUAUGCGGUCACGUCAACGGUCCGGCUCACAUCACCGGCGUACAGAAUAGCGUCAUGGCCGUCGCAUGUCGGCAAUUUAGAAUGCAUCAGUGUAAAGGUGUAGAUGUUUAUCUGUACUGCGGCAGUCGUCCGAUCAUUGAAGACUGCGAGGAUAUUCGAUUCGCCCCCAUGCCUGAAUCAUAUAUCACCGACUCGCUCAAAUCGAUUCCCAACCAAUGGGACCAAGUCGACGACUUCAAAUGGAUCAAAUCCGAACCGAGUCCGCACUGGAGCGUUAUCCCUUCGGAGAAGCGCAUUCCCGAGAAUAUAUGGACCGAAGCCGUUCCCGGCGGCCCAGGACACAAACUGGACGAUAUUCUCAAGGCUACUAUCGGACAGGGAGUCAUGAUACGUCAAUAAUGACACGUAAUUUUGCCCUUUCCUACUUUCUUACUUUCCUAAUUUCUUUAGUAUAUCUUUCCGUUGCCGCCUUUUUCUUUCUUUUCUUCUCUCAUUUUUCUUUUCACUUUUUAUUUUCUCACUUUUUCUUUCCUUUCGUGAGAUAACUUCUUCGUGUAAUUACGUAUUGCGCAACGCUUGAGAAAUCGGGGAUAUACGAACACGUUAUGAUUCUUGUAUAGCUUUUCUUUUCUUC